AUGGAGGAAGAAACAGCAAAGAGCGAUGUGAGGAAUGGUCUGCGGAAUGAUAUUCCACUACUGCAGUCUAUGCUGGCGAAACUUAGUCUAAAACACAAACAUCCCAUUUCACACCCAGAUACGGCCUGUAAAAGUGUGUUUUACCAUUCUCUGGAGUCUGAAGAACAUAUAACAAAUGAAGAAGACAGGAAAGAUAGCACAGUCAGAUCUGAUGGUGAUGAGGAGCAAACUAGGAGUUCUGAAACAGAAGACGGAAAGGAAGUUGUUGAAGAGGUCAAAGAGCUUCCAGAUGCCCUUCCUAAUUGGGAGAGGAAGAGAUUUCUCCCUGUCUCUUUGUCCAAAGAAACACAAGCUUCAGAAUUAAGUCAGCAGCCAAGUAAAAGUGAGUUUUUGGAGGACAAAAAGAACAAAGAGACUAGCCUGGAAGAGCAUGUAGCUGGAGCUGCAUUGUUGCCUAACAAUCCAUCUCAAGAAACAUCUGCACACACAUCUUACCUCUCUGUGUCCUCAGAUAAAGUAGACUCUGCACAGGCGGGGUCUAAGCAUGAACCACCAGAUGAAGCUUGUGGUGGUCCUUCAAAUCCAGUCAGUAUGGACACAAGCAAGGUUCUGACCCAUCAAACUGCUGUGAACCUUACAAGCAAGACAACAAGGUCCGCUUCAGAUCCAGUACAACACAAGCCUAAGGAAGAGAGACCCCUCUCAGCUCCAAGUAUUUCAAACCUAUGGGAAUAUGAAGAUAUUGCAAAUGCAAUGUCAACGAAAAGCUUCCACAAAGCUGCUAUGAUUUUGGGACAGGAGGAUUCAGGCAUGAGCAUCGGGGAUGCAGAACAUGACAUCCCACUCACCAAAACGCAAAAGAAAGGAGUGAAAAACAAAAUGAAAAAUCUUACUCAGAAACUGAUGGAAAAGCUUAAAGAUAAACAUGAUUGUGAGCACACCGGCAGCAAAAGCAUCCAAGGCAGUGUGGAGGAAGAAGGACAAAAUAUGGAAGCCGAGGCUCCAGAGAUUCCACCACCACUUCCACCAAAAAAGGGGAAAUAUGUUUUCUUAGACAGAAGAUUUACCUUAAAAGACUUCAAACUCAAUCUUGAACCGAUCAACUUAAUGGAGGAAAUAUUCACCGGGAGCGAAUGGCUCAGUUACCUGCCCAGCAAAGAAAGUCCAACUGAGAAAGACACUAGUGAUCAGUCAAUGACAAAUGAUGUUCUCCAACCAGAAAAGGAUAUUCAGCUGAACGUUCCUCUUCCGACACCAGAGCAGGACCAGUCAGAGGACAUAAAGGACAAUGAAGACAGUGUUAGUGAUCUUCAAGAGGACAAUGUAGCAAAAGCGAACAGUGACUUGGAUGUAAAACAAGUGGGACAGGAUGCAAACAUAUUUGCUAUACCUAAGGCACUGCUAACAAGUAAUGCAAUAAAAGAAAGGGCUGGGAUAGACUGUAAGUCAAACAAAUCAGAAGACAUCUAUGACCGUGUGGACAUGUAUAUUAUUCCCAGAAAUGACUUUCCAUUAAUGAAAAGAAAGGCAUCAGAUGCUCCGCUGGACUUUUCAGCAGUCAAGUCAUUUGAAUUGCUAGACAACUCUGCCCUCAAGAGUCGAGGCAAAAAGAGACACCACCAACCACUCAAAAAGCACAAAAAAGUAAAAACAGAAACGUCGAGUGCCAUAUUCUACAAGAUUCCCCCUGUAAUCCUGAAUGAAUCCCCUGUCAGCGCAUCUCAACCACGUCAUAGCAUCCCCUUUUCCACAUCUCCUCCUCUGCAUUUACCAUCACAUCCACAUCACUCCUGACCAGUUACUGACAUCAUGAUCAUGGUCAUUAAUCUAUGA